CCACAGAGGAACGUGUUCUGAAUCUUAGUAGAUCUAUCUGUAGUUGAUGAUUUCUGGAUAUCAGCUUCCAGAGAGUUAUCUGAAGACAUCCCUGGGUUCCUGCAUCAAAGACAACUACAAACAUUUCUACACAGGAGGGUAACAUGGACGAGGGCAGUGUGAGGAAGAGGAAGGACAUGUUUAAUGGCAGCCCUGCUCCCUGCCCCGCCCCCGGCCCCACCUCCAAUAUGUCCGCCUCCGACUCCCAGCCUGCUGAGGACGUUAAGGCUACCGUGCUGCAGAAGGACGUGGGCCUUUUUAGUGGGAUCUGUCUGAUCGUAGGAACCAUGAUCGGCUCCGGCAUCUUCAUCUCCCCUAAGGCAGUGCUGCUGGAAACGGGAGCCGUAGGACCAUGUCUGUGUGUCUGGGCAGCCUGCGGAGUGCUGGCUACACUGGGGGCGCUGUGCUACGCGGAGCUGGGCACCAUGAUCACUAAGUCUGGAGGGGAGUACUCGUACCUGAUGGAGGCCUUUGGGUCAGUGGUGGCCUACCUCUACUCCUGGAGCACCAUCAUGGUCCUAAAGCCCUCCUCCCUCGCCAUCAUCUCCCUAAGCUUCGCAGAGUACGCCUCCACGCCGUUCUACCCAGGAUGCACUCCUCCCAUUGUGGUCACCAAGUGCCUGGCUGUAGCGUGCAUACUUCUGAUAGUGUUGGUGAACUGUCUCAGUGUGAAGCUAGCCAGCUUUGUCCAGAACUUCUUCACUGCAGCCAAACUCUUCAUCAUCCUGGUCAUCGUAGUGUCAGGCUUCGUCCUCUUGGCACAAGGAAACACUGAGAAUCUGUCCAACCCAUUUGAAGGAGCCUCAACCUCCUUUGGAUCCAUUGGACUGGCGUUUUACAACGGGCUCUGGGCCUACGAUGGCUGGAAUCAGCUGAACUUCAUAACAGAGGAGCUGGAAAACCCAUACAGAAACCUUCCCCUGGCCAUUAUCAUUGGUAUUCCCUUGGUGUCUGUGUGCUAUGUACUGGUCAACGUUGCCUACUUCAGUGCCAUGACCGCCACGGAACUACUGCAGUCUCCCGCUGUCGCUGUGACCUUUGGUGACAGAGUGCUGUACCCCCUGUCGUGGGUGGUCCCUGUGUUUGUGGUGUUCUCCACCUUCGGGGCGGCCAAUGGGAGCUGCUUCACUGCCGGCAGGCUGACCUAUGUGGCAGGAAGAGAGGGUCACAUGAUAAAGAUCUUAUCCUAUAUCAGUCUGAAGCGCUACACUCCUUCCCCCGCCCUCAUCUUCAACGGUAUUCUGUCAGUCCUCUACAUCAUCCCAGCAGACAUCAACACCCUGAUAAACUACUUCAGUUUCGCCCAGUGGGCUUUCUACGGCCUCACAGCUCUCUCGCUCAUCGUCAUGCGCUUCACCAGGAAGGAACUCAAGAGGCCCGUCAAGUGUCCCAUGGCCAUAGCAGUGCUGGUGGUGAUGGUGUCCUGCUACCUGGUGCUAGCCCCUAUCAUAGACAAGCCAGAGCUGGAGUAUCUCUACUGUACCAUGUUCAUCCUCAGCGGUCUGCUGCUCUACUUCCCCUUCGUACACCGCAAGUUCAGCUGGACACGCAGGGUCAUGAGGCCAAUCACCAUGCACCUCCAGCUGCUCAUGGAGGUCGUCCCUCCUGAGAAGAACGAAUAGAGGAAGAGAAUAAAACAGCAUAAACUGACUGGUGGAUAAAUGUCUUUGUGUACGUCCCAAAUGGUACCCUAUUCCCUAUGUGGUGCACUACCUUUGACUAAAGCCCUGUGGACCUUGGUCAAAAGUAGUGCACUACACAGGGAAUAGGUUUGCCAUUUGAGACGCAGCCUUAGAAAACACAGACUUUAUUAUAAUGAAGGUACUGUACUGUCUCAUAAUGCUGGAAUCCUGUCUGUUUCUCUCCCAUGAGAGGGUCUAUAUAAUGUCCCUCUGUGUUUAAAUUCUACUUAGGAGGACAUCUUUGCUUUUAGGACACUGACAAUGUAUAUACAAAAACACAGAGGCUCUGCUUGGCAGAUUGGGCAGCAGCUGUCUACGUGGUCUGGAUCCAAAACGAAUUGACUGGAUAUAGGAGGUCAAUGGCUGCGUCUGAAAUGACACCCUAGGGAACGGGAUUCUUCAAUUCCGGUCCUGGAGGGCCGAAACACCUCUGUUUUUCAUCCUCUCCUUCUAAUCAGGGGCU